AUGGACCCAUUUGAAGUGAGAUUAGAAUUUAUAAGUCAUCUAAAAAGUCUUAAUGCAUCACAACCUUACAUCAAAAAGUGUGUAAAAUAUGCAAUUCAAAAUAAAGGUUGUUAUGAAGAUUUAUAUAGAUGUAUAUUGGAAGUUAUGGACCAAUCAACCAUCCUACCAAGAUUAAAUUUACUUUAUUUCAUUGAUGCUUUACUUGAGAAUCCAAAAUCUAUAAAUUUCAAAGGAUACAUUGAACUUAUUAAACAAGAUUUAAAUAAAUUAAUUGUGGAUAUUACAAGUGGUCCAAAUGGGAUCAUUAAUGUUAGUAACACUAGAAGAAUCUUAUUGAGUUGGAAGAAAAAAAGAUAUUUUGACAAGAAAAUGCUGGAUGGGGCAGAAAAAAUAUUAUUGGAACAAAAAAAUUGGUUUAAUAAAAAAAUUUUUAUUAAUAUUAAACAUGAUAACCAAGAUAAUAAUAGAAAUGAAGAUCAUGGAGAUCAUGGAGAUAGUAGUGAUAAUAAAGAUGAUGGUGGUAUUGACAAUAAUCAAAACUCAAGCAACAAUAACAAUGAGGAUGAUAAUCAAACCAAUAUUAUUAAUAAUAAAGAUGGCAAUGAUAAUAAUAAUAGUCAAAUACAACAAUCACAAACACAAAAUGACCGUGAAAGAUCUAAACAUGUUAGAGAAGAAAUUUGGCAAAUUGAUUAUUCAAUACCAGAUUUUGAAGUUGAAAGGUUAUGGGAAUUCACAUCAGAUUUGGAUGAUGAUGAUUUUGAAUGGAUGAGGAUUCAAAAUAAAAAAUAUUUUCCUCAUUAUACUUGGAAAAAAAUUUUUGGAUUAAAAGAUUUUGAGAAAAAAG